UCCAACAGCUAACCAAUCAAAAGAGGGAGUGAUGUAAACAAGGAAAUGUCUCCUGCAACCGUGCGAAUACAAAACAACGAUACGAAUCGAAAGAAGGAUUGCCAUACAAGAUAUUCUCUGUCGAUGGAUGUACGCUAGUUCUUGCGUUUUAUUUUGUAUGACUACAAACAUUAUUUUACAAUUGGUUUAGAACUCCAGAAUGGAUCCAAAACACAGGAGUGUUCUUCAGCGCAACAGGGUCACUCUUGUUGUGGAUCUGAAACCAUCAGAGCUCUACGAUGGACUUCUGGAAAAGGGAAUUUUCACCCAAGACAUGAUUGAUGAGAUUAAGAACUCCGGAACCCGGCGGGACCAGGCCAGGCAGCUACUCUGUGAUCUAGAGAAACGUGGUUCCCAGGCUUUCCCAUGUUUCAUCCAGUGCCUCCGUGAUGCUGGGCAGCUCCCCUUGGCAGAGCUCCUGCAUGGUGGAGAAGCCCCAGUUCAGCCUCUGGUCCCGACGGCCCUGGAAGACAUCCGCCCUGUUCUCCAACCUCUACCUGUCUCAUCGCCUAUGAAUGUUGAUAGGCCUCGAAAAGACAUUGCUCCGAUCUAUCCAAUCCAGAGACCUAGCGACUCUCCAAGCCCAUCGCCAGAAAGCGAAUACAGAAUACCACGGCCACCAAGGAGAACAAGGAAAGAUAGUAUUCAGACCUAUAAAAUGGAUGCCAGCCCAUGUGGACACUGCCUGAUCAUAAACAACGUGAAGUUUGAACCCAACGCCGAUCUGAGCGAUCGCAAAGGCUCAAACGUAGAUUGUGACAAACUAGAAAAAAGAUUCAAGUCACUGAACUUCAUAGUUAGAGUGAAGACAAACCUGAGAUACAAACAAAUAAGACAUGAGCUGUGUGUUCUGUCAAAGAUAGACCAUUCUCAGUUUGACUGCUGUGUGGUCAUCAUACUGUCUCAUGGGACUGAGGUGAAUCACAACCGCUUCCCUGGUGCCGUACAUGGGGUGGACGGACCUGCUGUCCCCGUCCAGUUCAUCACCAACUACCUGAAUGGACAGCAUUGCCCAUCCCUACAGGGAAAACCCAAGCUGUUCUUCAUCCAGGCCUGCGGUGGAGGCGAGAAGGAUACAGGUUUCGAAGUGUCUCCUGACGAGGUCGAGCCCUACAUGGGCGGAGCGGACGACCAGACGGACGCCAUGCCCAUGUCAUCCAGCAGCGACUCCAUAAGCACGUCAGAUGAACCCGAUGCCAGAGCCACCCUGCCCACGCCCAGCGACAUCCUCGUCUCCUACUCCACCUUCCCUGGCUUUGUGUCCUGGAGAGACCCUCUCUCAGGCUCCUGGUACGUGGAGAUACUGGACAACAUUCUGGAGGAAAAUGCUGACGCAAAUGACCUAGUCACCAUGUUGAUGAUGGUUAACAACGAGGUAUCUCAGAACUCGGCCAAGGGCCUCUAUAAGCAGAUGCCUGGCUCCUUUAACUUCCUACGGAAACUUCUCUACUUUCAAACCCAAUCCCAGGGACAAACUCCUGCCUGACAUUAUUGCCACCACUGAUGUCAUUUGGUAACACCACUCUUUUUGUGAUUUUAUUCUCUCUUUUUUUUACAUCUUUAUGGCUGUUGUCAACUGUCACAUUUUGUUAUUGCUAAUCAAUAAGAGCCCCGUUUUAAAAAGAAGGUUAUGAAUAUGAUUUUAUGAAUGUUUUAAAGUUACCUUUUCAAUUAAUUAUGUGAAGCCUGUGAAUUCCUCUGAGACUGUAACUAUGAUUUAGAGUUGUAUUCAUAAAAUAUAUUUACUUGCCUUAAACUUCGUUAUAUUCAUAUAUAUUAAAUUUAAGCCUGCACUAUUAUUGAAAAAAAUGUGAAUGCAUGACUUCUUUUAAAAUGUUCUCCACAAACCUAAUGAAUUUGGAGGGGAAUCAAUUCUGGGUUGAUCGAGCCAUAUCGAGUUAUAAAUAAAUACAUCAUAAUAAAAGUGAUGGCUGCAGUGAUAAAUUUACAUGCAGCUGCAGUCUUUAUGAAAAGUACGAGAACUGGCCUUAUACACGUAUUAUGUAUUAUUUUACUUGCUUAGUGGCACAAAAAAGCUGAAAUGACAAUCCAUUGCAAAGAUACGUUUGACGUUGUCGGACUAACUGUCACCUCACUAACGGUCUCUGAUACUGUAAGACAUAGUCAUCUAGGACUAUGACUUCAAGGUUGUUGACACCAAAGUAUGAAGCAAAAUGUUGUGGUGGAACAUUUGCUUCUCGUGAGGUUCCCCCAGCUGCAUGCUCCCGAUCCAGCUGGCAACACAGACCACUUUCUGUACUGUAGUAUUAUUCUCUUUCUAAAGUAUACUCUUCUGUAGUAUUUUGAACUCACCCAAGGUGAGUCAAAAAACGACAGAAAGAGUAUACUACAGAAAGAGCAGAAAAUGUUGGGAUCUUUAAAUGUUUUUGUCCUUCGAGCCACAUCUAAAUGUUUAUAUUACUGCAAAUAAAAAAUGGUCAGGCAUA